CUCUUGAUAAACCUUGAAUUCAUCUCCGUUUUGCUGUAACACACUAAAUAAGGAGGAUCUGGGACUUGCAUCAGGUAAAUAGAGUAGAAACCAGAAACCUCCCUUACUAAUUAUAGAGGAGCAGCGGCUCUGUGGCGCCAUCUAGUGGAAGCUAUUGUGAAUUUCACUUGAACGUGGACCACAACACUGAGGACUACGGCGAGUAACGUGGUUUGCUUCAUUUUAACACCUCUAUUGUUCAUUCGCAAUGAGUUUUUGAGUUUCAGUGGAAGUUUUGAGGCUAGUUUAGUAGAUUUAACGCGUCUGUGGUGUUUUAUUAUAAAAAGUGACACCGUGCUGCCCUCAGAGAGGUUUAACCGCUAGAGACUUAAGUUGUGGGUGAAGACUGGCGCUAUGAAAGUGCGCCGACAGCUUUGUUUUACUUCAUCGAAAGCAGGAGACUAAAGGCGUCUUUCCCUCCCGUUUCUUCAUUGACACGAUGCUCAGGUUUAACCGCAGGUUUACUGCAUGAAAAGUAAGUGUUGCUGCAAGACUAGAAGAUGCUCGUUUCCUGUUUCCUCUUCACAGCCCAGCCUGGCCAGUUUUGUUAAAGAGGUGGUGGCAUUGAUAUUCAUUCAGCCAACAUGUCAAAUCUCUCUCCAAGUAUGACUUCACCAAAGGCUUUACUAGACUGGUGCCGGGUCACCUGCUCAGGUUACCCUAACGUGGAAAUCAAGAACAUGUCAACCUCAUUCAGAGACGGACUCGUAUUCUGUGCCAUCAUCCACAAACACAGACCCGAUUUAAUGUAAGUAGAUCAUGAAGUAGUUAUACAGAGAUCUGUUGGCUGUAAAGAGUCAUGAUUAACCAGGGGGAUGAGGGCAGUUAGGUUCAGCUAUUCACCUCAUAUGUAAACACACUGUUAGUCUUGCUUUGUUUGCUGGUUUGCUGGAUUCUGUCCUGAGAUUAGACUCUUUAUUGGCUACCUGAUACUGAAAAACGUGCUGCCUAAUCUGGUACAAAGCAGGAUCUUCACACUGUCUGUAACACUAAUCUGACCUCAUUACUUAAUCUGUGGCUGUCUCUUACUAACCUUUUCUCGUCUAGUUUUAUGGGAUUAAUCAUUUUGUCUCUGAGGAACAGUGAUUGAACUUGAAUGAUCCCAUCUGAUCUCUGAUCUUGAGCUUCAGUUUCCCUCUGCUAUGCUUCACAUCAGUGGUGAAUAAGUGGUUUGUGAUUUUGUCUUCUUAUCAUAAAUUUAUCACUCUCUCUCUGUUUUUUGUCACCUUGCCCCAGAGAUUUCAGCUUGCUCUCCAAAGACAAUGUUUAUCAAAAUAACAAACUGGUGAGUAACCAAGCACAGUGCAAGCUUUCCUCUCUUGAUGUUAAAGAUUUGCAGUCCCAACUCCGUAAGAGCUAUGGUGUAGUGUGAAAUGUUGAUUAGAACAAAAGCUGAUUUGCAAAUCACUGCAACCCCUUCAUUUAACUGAAAACAAAUAGAUAUUGAAAUUGAAAAAAAAAGUUGUUUCAUGAAAAAUAUGUUCAUCUUAAUUUGACGUCAGCAACAUGUUUCAAAAAAGGUUAGCACAAAACACUUAAAAAGUUAUGUUAUGCUGGGAAAAAAAACUUAGAGGAAUAAAUCCCAGCUAGUGAGUAACAUGACUGGGUAUAAAAAGGGCACUAUAGACAGGCAAAGUCUCUCAGAAGUUAAGAUCAACACUUUGUAAAAGACUAGGUGAGAAAAUAGUUCAUCAGUUCCAAAAUGAAGUUCAUGAGUGUAAAACUAGAUCUCUGUACAAAACGGAAAAGGCAGAUAAUUGAUACUAGAUGGAUGUGAUCUUGAAUCGACAGUCAGCACUACAUUCAAAACAGACAUGGCUCUGCAGUGGAAAUCAGUGCAUGGUUGAAAAAUCCCGGCCAAAAUCCACUGUCUGUGAGUACAGUUUGUUCCUGCAUCCAUAAAUGCAGGUGAAAACUCUACCAUGCAAAAAAGAAAUCAUAUCACCAACAUCAAGAAGCAUUGGUUGUGUAUUUGUGCCCAAGCCUAUCAAAGAUAGAUUUUGGUGAGGCUGGAAAACUGUCCUGUGUUUGAGGAAUCAAAAUUUAACAUUCUUUUUGGAAAUCACGGACACCGUGUCCUCUGUUCUACAGAGCAGAGGGACCAUCCAGCUUGUUAUCAAUGUACAAUCCAAACAAUCUAAAAACAAGUUAAAACAGUCAAUCUGAGGGAAAAGGUACUAAAAACAAGUGAAAUUAUCUGUCCAUGCAGCAAGAUAAUUUCACUUGACACGAUUUCUUAAAUUAAGAUUGUUAAAUCUAGAAAUAAGUAUGUCUACAAAUGUAUUUGGAAGGCUUAAAGUAAGCCAAAAAUGCAGGUUUUAAGAUCAGAUUACUGUAAAUUUAACUUUUACACCCCCAAUAAUAAGUUAAAUAUACUAAAUAUAAGUGUAAAACAAGUAUAAAAUUCUGGUUUUAAGAUCAGAUCACUUAAAAUUUAACUUUUACAACCCUAAAAUAAGUGAAAUGUACUAAAUAUAAGUAUAUGGUGAGGCGAAAAUGCUGGUUUUAAGAUGAUGAUAACUUAAAAAAAUAAUUUACAGCCUCAAAAUAAGUGAAAUAUACUAAAUAUAAGUUAUCACAUAUUUUGUUCUCUUACCUUUAGCAAAUUAAGCUGAAGAUUAGUUAAACAAAACAUAAACAUUUUGAGAAAAAUACCCUGUAUUAGUGAAGAGUGAAGGAACAAGUGUGUAUGGGUGUGGUGUGUAUUAUGUCUCAGGUGACUGAGUUUGCCUGUUUCCUGUUUUGUAUUCCCUACAUUAGUCAUCAAACGCUUGAAAUCAGAGCAAUAAACUCUUUUUCUAGAUGCUUUCUGUGUGACUCUCGAAUCAAGCAGCUUGAAUUUGUUACCGAAUCUUUAAACAAGAUUCCCUUUGAUGAGACUUGGAAUAUAACUUAUUUUAACAGUUAUUUUCCUCAUUUUAAGAUUUCCUGCCCAUUUGAGACAAAAAAGUUAAGGUUGUGCUUGAUAUAAGAUAAUAGUGUAAAAGUUAAACACUUAGAUAAGAAAUUAAGUCUUAAAACAAGAGAAAUUAUCCAACAAGUAUACAUUGAAGGUUUUUUGUCUUGGUAAGAACCAAAGAAAUUGAAGCUGCAAAAGCCAGCAUCCCUGGUGCUAGAGGAUGGGGAUGCAUAGGUGCCUGGGUCCUUGAAUGCAAACUAUGAAAUUGCAUUUUUUUAAACAUUUCACACACCGCGCUUUCCCUUAUGGGUUUGAGAUUGUAUAUAACUUUUAACACAGGGGCUGAGAAAAAGGGGAAAGAGAGUUGUCAUUUUUCCCUCUGUGUCUGUGUCUUCUGGUUUGCAGGCUUUUGAGAUCGCUGAAACAAAGCUGGGAAUCCCUUCACUAUUGGACCCAAAAGAUAUGGUGUCCAACAAGGUGCCUGAUUGUUUGAGCAUCAUAACAUACCUUUCCCAGCUUUACCAUUUCUUCAACAGAAAGUCUUAUGGUGAGUUGACUGGAGUUAUUUUCAGAGUUUAAACUCCUGUUGAGAUGUCCGUGUAGGUACCUGUUUCCUUGUUUGAGGUUCUUGAAGAUGUUUCGGCCCUCUUUCAAAGGCUUCUUUGUUUCCUGAAUUUCGUUUGUUAGCAGAUUUGAUUGAAGAAGCACUUGAUUAAAAUGCACAGAGACACAACCAGUGUCCUCAGUUCGUAUUUGAAAGGUUUUGGAUUCUUUACAAGAUAUACACACCACCUCCCAUGAGAGAAUAUCCUUGAGGGGCCACUUCAUGACUAUGUCUCCUUACCACCAGACACCAAACAAAUAACCACCAGAGCUUUCAAUAAUUGUUCUCUAUUUUAGAAAACAAAAGGUAUCGGUGUCUUUUGUUAAAAUUUGUUUUUGUUGGUUUUUUAUUGUUCACACAAACAUUUCAAUUUGGGAAUGUUUACAACCAGCAUGAUGGAAGAAGGAAAACAAGUCAAUCAUGUAUAAAAUUGAAUUAGCAUCUUUUUUCUUGACUUUGCAGCAGGUCCUGUCAGUUUGAAGCCAUCACAUGUCACCCUCCUUAACAACCUCACAAAGAGUAAAUCUACUGGCGCCAUGAAACCCCUGAAGGUGAUUACUUAUCGUCAUUUUUAACACACAUGCAGAGCAACCCCAAUGUUUGUUCAUGCUCUUAGUCAUCUGUGUGUACAGUCCUUGUUGUCACUGGUUUCUCUUCUCUUUCCAGAGCUUGGCCGAUCUGAAAACCUGCAGAGAAGGUUGUUUAUCCAGCACAAGGCCGCGGACGGUGUGUAGUCUGUGUUUCAAGCCAGUCCACCUCAUUCAGAGAUAUUUGAUUGACGGGAAGGUCUACCAUCGCAGCUGUUUCAGGUAACAGCACUGUUCACAAGGUAACAGCAGCUUGUUCCUUUAUCGUUUGUACUGGUGCGUGGAUUCUGAUUCAUCUAAACUAUGUAUUGGAGGUGGAAUAAAGUUCACACACAUUUCAAAUGUGCUUCAGGUGAUCAUAUUUGACAUUCCUUAAACGAUAAAAGAGUCUUAUCUGCACUCGACACCGAGCUUGAGAUGAGAGAGUUGAACAUACUCAAGCAGCAUGUUUCAUUUUUAUGUUUCAGGUGCAAGGUGUGCCUCAGCGCUCUUUUACCAGGAUCAUACACACAGGGAAGUGAAGCUGGUUUCUUGUGCUGCAUUCACCAUCUUACAGAAAGUAAAAGUGAUCCUGUUGACCUUAACCAGCACAUUGGAUGUACAGAGUCUGAGGAAGGUUAUUUUUCUCUGGGGGGAUCACUAAUCACCAGCGUCCCUCAUUACACUAAGAAAACAGAGUCACAAGACAGACUGGUUUCAGAGGCAGAGCAAAGAGAACAGCAGGAGAGCAGAGAGGUGAACCACAGAGAAAACAGGGACUUUGCUGUUGGACUGAAGAGCAAAGUAAAGAAGCCAGAACGUCGUCAUCUUCCUCGAGUUUGUGUCCAAAAUCAAGAAGUAGGUGAAGCUGGAAAAUCUGGACCUGCAGACAGCAACACAGAGAAAGACGAGAAGCAGACUCAAGAGCUCUUUGGCUGCUCUUUAUCCUUUGCACAAGUAACAGAAGGGUCUAGUCACCCAGUCCCAGCACCCAGGCGAAUGUUGGACCCCUCUGCAGUCCCCGUUCCUCCAACCAGGAGCAGAACAUCCCCGAAUGCAGGUAAAACAGCGCUGUAACUUUCAACUGUAGCUGAUCAGCGCUUAAGUGCCGUAUUUACUCUUCUUUUUCUUUCUCUUUGCAGGAAAUGCAAGUGAACAAAAUAGAAGUUCACCAUCUUCAUCACACAUGUAAGUGAUCAGCAAGAGUCUGUUCUGCUCAUUUUCACCUCGACUUUUUCUGUAAAUAUUAAUAUUCAUAGUUUUACUCACUUAACUUCUUUUACUCCCAACUACUGUCAAACCCAAACAACUUUGUCCAUUACGCACAUUUAAAGCCUCUAUGGGGAGAUUUUCAUUUGUUAUACAACAAAAUGGAAAUUAACAGUAUUAGGCCCGCUGGAAGGUUUUAUACUGUUACAAAAAUGAGAACAUCACAGGCCACACAAAGACACAAAGACAGGGACAAUACUCAUCUAAAAACGAAUGACAAAAAAUUGCUUUUAAGAUGUGAUGCCACAGCAAUAGGUCAGUGCUUAGAGGCAUGAUCUCCCCUGGCGCAAACCCAGUAAAAGAUUUAAAAAUGAACAAUAAAGUCUUCAAAAUUUUCCUGAAAUGAAGGGGGUUACAGCUGCAAAGUUUGGACAAUGCUAGUAAUAGUAAAAAUAUGUACUGUAUACAGAAUCUAAAAGGAGAACUGAGGUUAAGCAGAUCAAAAACAACUGAAAUGUAAAAAAGAAAAUUGAAGAUUUAUGCUUUAAUCUCUAAAAGGGCCUCUUUCCACUUGCAGCUCCAGUGGUGGAAGCCCCAAAGUGAGAACAAACCAUCCAUGGCUGACCAUCGUCCACCCUGGACCCUGGACACAACUGCCUCCUGCUCCUGCUCCAAUACCUGCUCCCAGAACCAAAUUUAGUGCUAGGUACAGACCUAAAGUCGUCCCUCCAAAUCCGUUUGCAGAGGACAUGAAUGAGAAUGCUGUGGAGAGACGCCCCCCUAAAAUUGUCCCCCUCAAUCCAUUUGCUGAGGACAUGAAUGAGGAAACAGUAAAUGAGGGCCUGUCAAAAACUGUCCCUCCAAAUCCAUUCGCAGAGGACAUGGAUAAGGACGCUGUGAAUGAGAACAUGGAUAAAAUUGUUCCUCCCAAUCCAUUUGAAGAGGACGUGGAUGUGGAUGCUGUGGAUAAGUGCACAAAACCAGUUGGUGCAGACCAAACCAAACCUGGAGUGGUAGCUGAACAGACAACGAACAGCGGAAAUGUGCCAGUCAAAUCAGAGGGCAGUGGGAAUGUGCCAGUCAAUUCAGAGGGCAGUGGAAAUGUGCCAGUCAAAUCAGAGGGCAGUGGGAAUGUGCCAGUCAAUUCAGAGGGCAGUGGACAUGUGCCAGUCAAAUCAGAGGCCAGUGGACAUGUGCCAGUCAAAUCAGAGGGCAAUGGGAAUAUGCCAGUCAAAUCAGAGGGCAGUGGGAAUGUGCCAGUAAAAUCAGAGGGCAGUGGACAUGUGCCAGUCAAAUCAGAGGCCAGUGGACAUGUGCCAGUCAAAUCAGAGGGCAAUGGGAAUAUGCCAGUCAAAUCAGAGGGCAGUGGGAAUGUGCCAGUCAAAUCAGAGGGAAGUGGGAAUGUGCCAGUCAAAUCAGAGGGCAGUGGACAUGUGCCAGUCAAAUCAGAGGCCAGUGGACAUGUGCCAGUCAAAUCAGAGGGCAGUGGGAAUGUGCCAGUCAAAUCAGAGGCCAGUGGACAUGUGCCAGUCAAAUCAGAGGCCAGUGGGAAUGUGCCAGGCAAAUCAGAGGGCAGUGGGAAUGUGCCAGUCAAAUCAGAGGCCAGUGGACAUGUGCCAGUCAAAUCAGAGGGCAAUGGGAAUAUGCUAGUCAAAUCAGAGGGCAGUGGGAAUGUGCCAGUCAAAUCAGAGGGCAGUGGACAUGUGCCAGUCAAAUCAGAUGGCAGUGGGAAUGUGCCAGUCAAAUCAGAGGGCAGUGGACAUGUGCCAGUCAAAUCAGAGGCCAGUGGACAUGUGCCAGUCAAAUCAGAGGGCAGUGGGAAUGUGCCAGUCAAAUCAGAGGCCAGUGGACAUGUGCCAGUCAAAUCAGAGGCCAGUGGGAAUGUGCCAGGCAAAUCAGAGGGCAGUGGGAAUGUGCCAGUCAAAUCAGAGGCCAGUGGACAUGUGCCAGUCAAAUCAGAGGGCAAUGGGAAUAUGCUAGUCAAAUCAGAGGGCAGUGGGAAUGUGCCAGUCAAAUCAGAGGGCAGUGGACAUGUGCCAGUCAAAUCAGAGGGCAAGGUUGUUGCAGUUUGUCCCAGUCAUGCUGAAAAUGCUGCGAUACAGGCUGAGAAACCACACACCCAGGAGGCCACUGUUGCAGCAGCAGGGGGAGUGGUAGCUGUUACUGCAGCAGUGGAAACUUGUAAACCAGUUGGCGAUGUCAGUCAGGGUGGUGUGACAGUUUUGCAUGAAACUGUAAUUUUAGGAGGGCCUCUACAAACUGUAACAAAAACAGCAGCAGCAGAGCAUCCAUGUGCAGUUACAAAUGAAGCAGAGUGUUAUAUUUUACCUAGAAGUCUCUCUGUGCCGGCUGUCGCACCAUCCCGCAGUCACAGCGCCUCACUUCCUGUUGACCUGACAGAUGCACAUGGAUACAACCAGGUCUCAUCACCUGACAGUAAGGUAUGUAGAACCAUAUUAGCUCACUAUUUUUAACCAUGUGAGGGAGAAUGUAGUGAGUGGGUUAUCGUAGCACCCUGACAGGAUGAGCAAGACAAUGUCCCAACAACCUGCUCACUAUACAUCAUUCUGAUUUUUACUUUCUCAAGAAGUCAUGCAUUAUACACCAAAUAUUCAUUUUUACAUUUGUGGAUGCUGAGUCCUCCACACUGAGGAGCAAGACCACUCGCACUCACCCAUCGUGGUGGUACAGGAAUACAUAAAUUCCCUUUUGAUGAGUAGCUUGCACAUCUAAAACAGAAAAAGAAAAAAAGACACCAUUAAUGCUAAACAAUGUGUACAGGUUUUGGAUCAACAUACACUGCAGUCCAGAAAAUGCUGUCCUCGGGACUCUGUAGUAGAGGAGUCCAGUCCAGUCUCAAAACUCCAGAAACUGGUCUCUCUUGUUCCCAGACUUUUGAAAAGUAUUGCUGUAAGAGUUGUGGCUGUGUAACUGUGAACAUGUCCCUGUCCUAACCUUUUUGAAAUGUGUUGCUGGCAUCAACAUUUAAAUUGAGCACACAAUAUUUUCAAUUUUAACAUUUGUUUUCUUUCUUGCACUGUUUCCAAUGAAUAUAGGGAUUAAAUGAUUUCCAAAACGUAGAUUUCUAUAGUUAUAGUCUGUAUCGUCUAUUUUAUCAUGUAUCUUUUUUUUCCCAGCUUGCCUGCAAAGAAAAUCCUCUCAAUCGAAAACAUGCAAUGCCCAAAUCAAAAACUUUCCAGUCCCUCCCCUCCAGACGAGGCACUGCCCCUGGAUAUGGAUUCCCACUUAUCAAAAGAAAGGUACUCAAUCAUUUUGUUUUUAGCUCAGAAGAAAACAAACUGUAGAAAUUGCUGUUCCCAAGUCAUGUCAUUAUUUGAUAUUUUAUGAUCAUACCAUUUGUGUCCACAUUGAUUUUAUUAAACUCAGUUUCUUUAAUAUCUUGAACGGUGCUUUUCUCAGCUCUCAUGUUAAGGCGUAGUCAAUAUGGAUUACUUGUGGAUUGUUUCAGCAGAAAUGUAUUCAUACAGUUCUAAGAUAUUAGCCUGUGUCUUUUGUGUGUGAUUUACCAUAUGAUGCCUGAUAGGUGCGGACAGACCAGAAUAUUUCUUCAGAAGAUCUGCGGGUGGAGAUGAGAGAGCUGGAUAAACAUCUGCAGACCCUGGAACAGAGAGGGGUCCAGCUCGAGAGGAAUCUGAGAGACUGCAAAGAUGGUGAGGCAAAUUGUUCCGAUAGGUUUUAGAUUAAAUUUUUAACCUGGGAAAGAUUCAAUUCUUUGCUUAGGCAAUCUGCAUAAAUACUUCGUGGGAAUAAGGAUGUUUCUAUUUAAGUCACAUCCAUCAUUCUGUGUGUGUCUAUUUCAGAUAAAGAGGAAGAGCAAAUGCUGAUGGAGUGGUUCUCUCUUGUCCAUGAGAGAAAUGCUCUGGUGCGCAGGGAUGCCGAGCUGGUUUAUCUGUGAGAAGUUUUUACCAGGAUUUUUCUUCAACAAUUAUUGUUAUUUAUUUUUCUUCAGCCUCCUCUGAUGAUUGGAGGUUUCUUAAACACUUACAGAUACUUUGCUUUGUGCUUUGUCCUUUUUCUCAGGACAAAGCAGCAGAAGUUAGAGGAGAGACAGGCUGAUGUGGAGUAUGAGCUCAGAUGUCUCCUGAACAAACCAGGUGAGUGUUGCUGUGUGAACCUCUACGUCACUGUUUUUCAUAGAACAAUUUACAACACAUCAUGAUAGAAUGCAACACAGGGUGAUUUGAGUUGUUUUGGGACUUUUAUGACCCUAAUUGAUAGCUGGAGGACAGUGGAUGGAACUGGAAAUAGGGCAGAGAGUGAAGAAUGACAUGCAGGAAAGAUGCCACAGGGGAAUUGAACCUGGGCUGCCAGCAUUCAUAGGGUACACCUAAACCAGUAGGCUGUCUGUACCCAACUAACAAUCAUUUUUGAAUAUAUUUUUGCUGAAAAUAAUGGCUAAGAUAGGCUUUUUACAAUUUUUUCACCUCCUCAGAACUGCUGAGUUGAUUCGAUUUUCUUGAACUGGGGAUUUAUAUAUGAUCAUAUGAUCAAAAAGCCUCACGUUUCUGCACAAAAAGAACUUGAAAGUCACACAUGCACACUUAAUAUGAAAAUCUUAUGAUCAAGAUCAACAUAAAGCAGUGAUUUUCUUUGUUUUGUUCUGAUAAUUGUGCAACUCUCUGGUCUGUACAUUCAGAGGGUGACUGGACUGACAAAGAACGAGGUCAAGAGCAGCAGUUGAUGAAUGAGCUGGUCACCAUUAUCGAGGAGAGGAACGAGAUCAUCAGCAGCUUGGAUCAGGAGAGGCUGAGGUAAACAGCAAAAACAAACAAAAACCCACCAUUUAGACAUUGAUAUAUUGAAAUGUAACUUUGCUUUCUCAAUCAGGGAAAGAGAGGAAGACAUGCUUUUGGAUGCCAUGAUGAAGGACAAAGGUGAGGAUGCACUCUUUUACAUCAGAUAGUAUCACUUUGUUAUACUUCACUGUCUUCUACUGUUCGUGUUAUUCUAUUCUCCUUAUACAUGAAAAAAGCUGAGGUGUAUUCACAUUUGAUUCUCAAAAAUGCUGAAAGUAGUAAACUAAGCUCCACUGACUUCCCUGCAAUUCUCUUUUCAGAGCUCCAAAAAGAAGGACUGAAGGACCUAAAGAAGUCCAAAGGAAAGUUUAGGCCAACAAAAGUUUUCAAGUUGCUGAACCACAAAGGGGAAGACUCCAAAGACACCAUGGAUAGAAAGAGCUGA